GCCCUGUGCUCUGGGAUGGCCCUGCCGGAGCAGGGAGGUGCCACCAGCUGCUCGCCGUGCUCCCUCCCAUUCCGGGAUUCUGGGAUUCUGUGUCCCGGGGGAAGCGCCGCUGCGGUGGAGCCCAGGGACACUCCGAUCGGCAUCAGCCCCUUCCCGGUGACUGACAGCUGUCAAUCACCGCGGGGGCUGCCGGCCGGCGGGGGCCGCUGUGGCGGCGGCGGAAGCGGAGGAGGAAGAGGAAGCGGCGCUUCUUGGCGGCAACGAAAGGCGGCGGCCGGGCCGGGCCGGGCAGGGCAGCAGCAGCGAGGGCCGCUCCGAGCGGAGGCUGCAGCUCCGGUGCGGGAGGCAGGGCAAGGAGCGGGCCGGCCCCGGCGUGCGGCGGCCGAGGCGGGGCUCUCCCGGCCCGCCGUGUCCCUCGGCCGGUGCCAGUCCGUGCGUGCCGGUGCGGGGAUGGAGCUGGCGGGCGGCAGCACCAUCUCGCUGUGGACCGUGGUGGCGGCCGUGCAGGCGCUGGAGCGCAGCGUGGCCGCACACGCGUCCCGCCUCUUCAGCCUGGAGCACCGCGCCGGGAACAGCGAGAAGAAGCACCUGGAUUGCGAGAAGAUGGUCGGGGAGUUCGGGAACCAGCUGGAGAGCAAGUGCGCGGCGCUGGGCACCCUCACCCAGGAGUACGGGCGGCUCCAGCGGCGCCUGGAGAACAUGGAGAACCUGCUGAAGAACAGGAAUCUCUGGAUCCUGCGGCUGCCCCCCGGGGUGGAGGCCCCCAAGGCCCCGGCUGUGGCGUUGGAAAACGAUGCCACUGGCUUUUCCUCUCAGGAGUGGGAGAACCUGGAGGAGUGGCAGAGGGAGCUGUACGGAAAGGUGCUGACAGGGAAGAGGGAAUCCCUGGUGCUGCUGGACGAUGUCAUCUCCGAACCUGCCCUCCUGUCCCGGCUCCAGGGAGGAGAAGCACCCUGCAAUGAGGAGGAGGCGGCUCCCGGAGAGAUCCCGGCAGAACCAGAGGCUCUGCUGUUUGAACUCAAUGGGAGCAGCUGGGACAGCAGAGAAGCGCAGGAGAACCCGGAGGGAAGAGCAGGGCUGGCUGAACCUGGCCGUGCAGACUGCAGCAUUCCAGAGCCCAGCUUUGCUGUCACCGUGAAGCAGGAAGAGGAGGAAAAGCCCUAUGCGAAGGAUCGGGGAGCCGUGGAGGGCGUGGAGUUUCCCGAGCUCGGUGUGGGGCCGGACACUGCUGGACACAACGCCCAGGCCGCGGCGGGGGGCGGGAGCCGGCCGAGUGCCCGGAGCUGCGAGGAGCGGGAUGUGAGAGGGAAUCCCGCAGACACCGGCUCCGAAGACAGCAUAAUCCAGAUUAAGCAAGAGGAAGAGUUGUGCACUGCAGAUCAGGAGGAGCAGGCUGCAGAAGCUCCUGGAGAGCCCUGCCCAGGAUUUUACAAGCCUGAGGCAUCCAGUCAGGCCAGGAAAGGCAGCGAGGUGGAUGCCAGGGAGCUGCCAGGCACAGAGGGCGAGGACCUCCCCAGAGAGCCUGGCACAGGAUUUCAGAUUUAUGCAACGCAUGUUUCAUCCUGGAUUAAACAAGAGGAGGAGCCAGCCUGCUCCGAACAACAGGACUUGGAGAAAGAGGAAAUCUCAGCACAUCCAAGUAUAGGUGAAAAUUUGAAGGGGAACCAUCCAGCAGAUGGCCUAGAGCACAAGACCUGUGACUUAGAGGUACCAGGAAGGCCGGGAGAGGGGUUUCCCAAACAUCCCAGCCAUGGAGUGACAUGGGACAGUCCAUGGAAUUCAGAAAUGAUGGAAACAACCACCACUGGGAAUGGGAGCAGCCUUGGAGGGGACACUCAGUACGAUUUCUUUAGUGCUCAGGAAAAGAGCCUGGAAAAGCGUCCCUGUGCGUACCAGUGUGAGAGAAACUGCCCCCAGCAGGACCAGCCUCAGGCACCACAGGGAGAAGGGGAGAUGUUCCCAGGCCCCACGUGUGAGAGGAUGUUCCCUCUGCUGCACCCACACCCAGGAGAGACAGGAGUGGGCCUGGGAGAGAGGGGAGUGGGCCUGGGAGAGAAGGGAAUGGGCCUGGGAGAGAAGGGAAUGGGCCUGGGAGAGAAGGGAAUGGGCCCAGGGGCUGCUCCCACCUCCUGUGAGGGGCCAGGGCCCCGCUCCGAGUGUGGAGAGUGGAGCGAGUGUGGCACAGGCAGGCCCCGUGACCAGGACAGGCUGGGCACAGAGGAACCUGCUGAAAACGAGGAGAGCUUCCCCAUGGACACAUCGGGAUCCAGCCCCUGCUGGGAGCCGCCCCUGGCCCGGGGCAGCCCUGCCCAGCAGCAGAGCCAGGGCCGGGGCAAAUCCUACAUUUGCAGCGACUGCGGGAAAAACUUUGUUUGCCAUUCGUGGCUCGUCAGGCACCAGACCAGUCACACGGGAGAGAGGCCCUACAAGUGCUCCAAGUGUGACAAAACCUACAGGAGGAAGGAUUACCUCCUGAACCACCAGCGCCGGCACACGGGAGAGAGGCUUUUCCAGUGUCCCCUCUGCAGCAAGAGAUUCGUGCUCAAGAGGAGCCUGCUGAAGCAUCAGGAAGGUCACAUGCAGGACACACACGUGCCGCUGGUCAGCUGGCCCUGCAGGGACAUCGGGGGCUCCGUGAUGCAUUCCAUAUAGGACACCCCCCACAGCCCCCUCGGUGUCCCCUCCCUGGGCCAGGGCAGCAGCCCCAGAUCAGUGCCAGAGCCUGGUGGCAGGAGGAGGCUGUGGUGCAGCCACCCCGAGCCCCUCAUGGGGAAAGGGAGGUGCCUGGGGGUUAUUUUCCUUGUUAGACAGCAUUCACCAGUGCCUGCGGAUUUGGGGAGGUGGAGUUUGGAGGUACUGCUGGCUGUGAGUCCCUGUGGGAGAGAAACUGUGUUGACAUGGGACAAUUUGUGAUGUGUGUUACAAAGAAGAGUUGUCUGGAUAGAGAGAAAUAAUCCAAAAUGUUAUCCCAGGAGUCCAGAGCCCCUGGACUGGGCUGGGAAGAAGUGAGUUAAAGGUAUUAAUCAUCCACUGAACCAGUGAAACUGUCAGGAAACACCAACUUGGGUGAAAUGCUUUGGGAAAUGAAGUGUUGCCUCUGUGGCUGUAGGAGGAAGCCUCUUUAUUCUGUGGCAAACACAAAGAAGGCUGCAGAGCCUAGGAAGCAGCUUAUUCCCACUGUUAAAUCCUGCAGCUCAUCCUGCUGAUCCCAAGGGAGAAUUCCUGAAGGGUGAGAUCCUUCCUGGGAGUUGUAAAUUGGCCGGGGAGCCUGGAAUAUGGUUUUAAUUCUGCAUAGCCUUAAAGUUGUGUUGCAUUUCUUUUC